AUGAUGUCUAACCCUGCUGUGAUUAUUGACAAUGGAUCUGGGCUCUGCAAAUCUGGAAUAGUCGGUGACAGCAUCCCUACAUCAGUUAUACCAUCCAUUGUGGGCUGCUCUAAAUCUACAAAGGGGUCACGUAAUCGCAACCUAAAAGACUAUUAUGUCGGCAAAGCAGCCCAAGCCAGAAGAGAUGUCUUGUCUUUGAAGUAUCCAAUUGAACGUGGCAUAGUGACUUCUUGGGAGGAGAUGGAGAUGAUCUGGAGAUAUAUAUAUGGUUUUGAACUGCAUGUAAAAUCCAAAGAGAGGCCAGUUUUGUUGACUGCUGCCCCAUUGACUCCUUUCUUCAAUAGAGAAAGAAUGGCUGAAAUCAUGUUUGAAGGUUUUUCCGUGCCAGCUAUGUUUGUUGCUAUCCCAGCUACAUUAGCACUUUAUACAUCAGGCCGCACUCGGGGCGUAGUCUUGGAUAGUGGAUAUGGAAUAACUGAUGCCGUGCCCAUCUAUGAGGGCUACUACCUUCCAGAUGCUGUACAAAGGCUUAACCUGGCAGGAAGUGAUAUCACUGAAAAUCUUUGGAGGCUCAUGUUGGAAAAUGGGCACUCUUUUGCUGAAAAAAUGGAGACAGAGAUUGUCCAGGAAAUCAAGGAAAAACUAUGCUAUGUUGCCCUUGAUCCUAAACAGGAGGGCAAGAAACCAGCUGAAGAACUCCAACAUGAGUACCAGAUGCCAGAUGGUACGCAGAUUGUGGUCAAACAUGAACUGUUUGGAGCACCGGAGCUGCUCUUUACACCUGAAAGUAUAGGAUUGAAGGAAACUGGAGUUCACAAGCUAAUGUUAAGCAGUAUUGCAAAAUGCGAGCAACGACUACAUAAAGAACUUUUUAGCAACAUGUUACUAUGUGGUGGCUCGACCUUCUUCCCAGGAAUGGAGGAACGUUUGCUCAAGGAGAUCAAGUUGCACACACCCAGUGGAGUACAAGUCAAAAUCAUCGCUCCACCAGAAAGGAACUAUUCUGUUUGGGUGGGAGCCUCAAUUUUAACAAGUUUGGCAUCCUUCAAACAUAUGUGGAUCACUCUUAAUGACUACAAUGACUUUGGGCCAUCUGUGGUGAACAAGAGGUGUUUUUAA